AUGUUUCCUAACCAGACGCAUAUCAGAUACUUCAUCAUAAAUGGGAUCACUGAUGUUCCGGAGCUUCAGCUUCCCAUCUUCCUCAUAGUUCUCCUCAUCUAUCUCAUAACCCUUGGUGGUAACAUGACCCUCCUCCUCUUGGUUUGUGUUGAUCAUCGUCUCCAUAGUCCUAUGUAUUUUUUCCUUGGUAACCUCUCCAUAGUAGACAUGUCGUCAUCCACAGUCACUUUAUGUAAGAUUUUAUCAAGUUUUGUCACCCGGGACAGGUCUGUGUCUUAUAUUUCUUGUAUGGUACAGAUGUACAUGUUCGGGUCUUUGACCGGUCAUGAACUUCUCAUAUUGGCAGCUAUGAGCUAUGACCGAUAUGUGGCCAUCUGUAACCCUUUACGGUAUCACAUGGUUAUGAAUAGUAGAACAUGUAGCCUAUUGGCUUCAUCCUGCUGGGUGUUGGGGUUUUUACAACUCAUUCCACCAUUUCUGAUCUUUCUUAGCUUCUCUUGUUAUUCUUCCAUUGUAAUCAACCACUUUUUCUGCGACCCUUUUCUAAUAAUAAGAAUCUCCUGUGACGACACAUUUUUCUUAGAGAAGUUGUUGUUCAUGGAAGGAUUGUUACUUUUCUGCCUGACUCCAUCAUUUCUCACGUUUGUUCCUUACAUUCUCAUCAUUAAUACCAUACUGAAGAUCCAGGGUGGCAUUGGAAGACGUAAGGCCUUCUACACGUGUUCCUCUCACCUCACAGCUGUCAUCUUACUCUACACAACUCUUGUUGGACAAUAUUUGACACCAAACCUAAGUAGCACCUUGAAAUCUAAAAAAUAUUUUGCUCUUUUUAACACAGCCGCCGUCCCUAUGCUAAAUCCACUGAUCUAUAGCUUGAAGAAUAAAGACGUGAAAAAGGCUUUCAGAUGGACCCGGGGGCAGACUGCUUCCUAUAUCAUCUCUCACACAGAUUCCUAUGAACUAAUCUCCGACAGACUCCUUACUAUGCCUCUCUAA